GCCCGGGGAGGCUGCUGUUUGCUCCGAGUUCAAAUCAGUCCCGGCGUGCUGCGCGCUGCUAACGGCUACCGACCCACCGAGAGAGAGAGAGAAUAAAACACCGUCCACAGAGAUACAGGGAGAGAGAGAGAGAUACAGGGAGAGAGGAACUAGCGAGGGAGAGUGUUGGUGAAGAUGGCCGAGGCCUUACCGCAGACUCCGAGCAGGCACGAGAAGAGCCUGGGACUCCUCACCACCAAGUUCGUGACCCUGCUGCAGGAGGCCAAGGACGGGGUGCUCGACCUGAAAGUGGCAGCAGAUACCCUGGCAGUGCGACAGAAGCGUCGGAUAUAUGACAUCACCAACGUCUUAGAGGGCAUCGGGCUCAUCGAGAAGAAAUCAAAAAACAGCAUUCAGUGGAAAGGAGUGGGUCCUGGAUGCAACACCCGAGAGAUUGCGGAUAAGCUGAUAGACCUAAAGGCAGAGAUCGAGGACUUGGACAGACGAGAGCAGGAGCUCGACCAGCAGCGAGUCUGGGUCCAACAGAGCAUUCAGAAUGUGACGGACGACAUCGAGAACAGCAGACUAGCAUAUGUGACACAUGAGGAUAUGUGCCGAUGUUUUAAAGGUGAUACAUUGUUAGCCAUCCAGGCACCCUCGGGCACCCAACUAGAGGUCCCCAUUCCAGAAGGCAGUUUGAAUGGACAAAAGAAAUACCAGAUCCACCUGAAGAGCACGACCGGUCCUAUCAACGUCUUGUUGGUGAACAAGGACACUUCGUCAUCCUCCCCAGUGAUGGUACCCGUGCCCCCACCUGAAGACAUGAUCCAGUGUACGCCCACCACCCCACAGAGGCCAGCUCUGGCCAGUAACCAGGAAGCUGAGCCGACGUUACCAGCCCGGUCUGCCUCUCCGUCCACUGCCCCAGAGGUAACCCAGCCUCAGCCCACAGCAACAACACCCACAGUGCCAAGUGCAUCAGCGCAAGAGUCCCCCAGCAACACCAGCAACGUCUUAAGCCUGGAGCCUCUCAACUUGCUGCCAACACCCACCAGUCAGUCCGUAACCAUGGAAACACAGCCGCUGGAAUCCUCAGCCUCACUGGACAGCAGCACGUCUUUAUCCAACCCCACUACCUCCUUUGUACCGAUCAAAACUGAACCUUCUGUGGACUUGGAAUUUCCGAAAGAGUUGACAGAGAUGUUUGACCCCAUUAAAGAAUGUAUGGAUUCCGACCUCAUAGACGAGCUGAUGUCUUCAGAAGUGUUUGCUCCUCUGCUGAGGCUGUCUCCGCCACCAGGAGACCACGACUAUUACUUCAACCUCGACGACAGCGAAGGCGUCUGUGAUCUAUUUGAUGUGCCAAUACUUAACCUUUGACCUAUCAACAAACUUUGCAGUCGGUCAGCUGUGUAUUGAACUUUUUAAAAAAAAACAUUUUUUUUUAAACAAAAAAAACUUCUUUUAAAAAAAACAGACGUCUUUUGCAAAUUCUAAGUCAGUCUCCCUGGAGUGAGAUGAACUUUUGACGUAACUGCAUCUGAAUAUGGUGAAGAAAUAAUGGAAGAGGCAAAGGUUGUCAACAGAUGGAUGGUUUCCAAAUUGCGAUUGGUUUUCUUUCCUUUGUUUUAAAAUUGUCUCCACAUCCUCAGAUAUAUUGAUCGUUCCUUUAGUGGCCAAGCAGACGUCUGGCUCUAACUCUAUCAUUGAUCCCGUUGUGUGGUACCCCUGGAGGUGGUGGCUGGGAAUCACGUUGGUCUUCCGGGUACCUGGAUUGGAGUCAGCUGCUCUGGAUUGACGCUUCAUGUGAAAAGCCAUCCUCUCACGCUUUACAGUGCCAAGACUGCCUUCUGUUUAUCGUCGAGACAUUUUUCCCUUCUCCCCCCAUCUGCUUUCAAUGGAUCGUGCCACUGGCCUCUUCAGUACUAGCCCUAUCUCCUUCCACUAACUGUUCAACGUACGACCUCGCCAGAUCCAAUAGUCUCUUCCGUGGCAGGUGGGCAUUAUAAACCUUGGUCAGUUUAGAAGUUCAGAUGAGGAUGUUUUGUUUUUGUGCUUAAUUUUAUUUUUAAUCCAACACUUGUUCUCAAUCAGGUUACUUUAAAAGCUGAUUUCCUCCUGAGUAUCCACCUUUGUAAUCUUCCACAACUGCGGGUGUGUUGCCUCUUUUUAAUGUCGGUUUUUUGGACACUGUUUCCAGUCUGAUUCCCACUGUUGCUACUCAUCCAAUGUAUGCAAUCCUGCUCAUCCAGGCUAAAUGGAUUAUAAGAUUGGUGCAAAUGGACAAGUACGCUGUCAAAUCUUGCCCAGUGAAUGGCCCGAAUGGCUUUCUUCUGUGCUGUGAUCAUUUGGUGACUCCUCUGUCGCUUUUUAAGAAUUGACCUUCCAUUGAAAGGGAUUGGAAAGCCUAUUUGGGUAGUUCCAAAGGUUGUGAUUCCAAAGGGUGGUUCUUGAAAUGUCAUCGCCACUGAAGAGUGACGUGCAAGUUGCUUUUCUCAUGGUGCAUUGCAAAGGACGGUCACUCUCGAGUGACCUUGUCAACGUGGAUGUGAACCUGUGGCACUAUUUUAAGU